AGUCUGGAUCUGGCCUGAGCUCCUACUGAGCAUGACUGCAAGGUUGUGACACCAGCACUGAGAGCAGCUCCUGAUCCUCAGCUCUCCCCAUGUGCUGCAGAGGCCAAAUAUGACCGCAGAGAUGGGUGGCAACUGUGCCAUCUGCCAGGACUCUUGUGAUGAUGUGGCUUCUGCUCUGCCCUGUGGCCACAAGUUCUGCCGGGGCUGCAUCCUGCAUUGGGCACAGACAAAUCCAUCAUGCCCACUGUGCAGAGGAGCAAUAGAGACUGUCAGGUUUUCUGAUGAUGCAGGUGACUAUCUAGAGAUUGUCAUCACAGCCCCUGAGCAGCUGCCAGCAGCCACGAGCCAGGCAGGGAGAACAGUCCAGGAUGAGAACAGCCCUCAUCCCCCUGUGCUGCCCCAUCCCUCUUCUCCUCAAGAGACACCAUCCCGAGCUGUUGGUGGUGUCCUGCCUGAGGUCUGGGCACGACUUUUCCGUCGACAACGGGAACUUCUGGACCCUGUGCGGACUUGGCUGAGCCAGAGGGUGGAGGCCAUCCAAAGGGAUGAGUGGUGGAUGGCAAGGAGCACACAGAGUGCCAUUCUGUAUGCUCUCUGUGUGUAUGGGCCAGACCAGGAUAACUUGAUCCGGAGCUUGCAGGAUGUCCUGGAGGAGCACACAGUGCCACUGGUCCAGGACAUCAUCGACAUCAUUGUGAGACACUGCAGCUCGGGGGCCCAGAGGCUGCUGCACUCCCAAGCUGCCGCAGAUGAGGAUGACAGCCCAGCAGCCAGCAGCAGCUCCAGCAGCUCCAGUUCCAUAUUCUCCACCUUCUCUAUGUUCUCCAGCUUCUCCAUCCCCAACAACCCCAACAAUGCAAACAACCUCAACUCCUCCAGUCCCAACAGCUCCAGCUCCCCUGGCCCCAACAGCCCCAGUUCCAGCUUCUCCAGCUCUUGGACACGGGCUCUAGCCAGCAGCCCUGAAGUCUCUGUGGAGGAAGAAGAAGAAGCUGCCACAACGGACGCCACCCCUGCCAGGGGUCAAAGCCACCCCCCAGCAGUGCCAGUGUCACCAGAGCAGGACCAGCCCCAGGAGGAGGCAGGUCCCUCUGUCCAGAGCACCAGACCCUCUGGUCUCACCCAAGGCACAUGCUUCUCACCUGGGCGGCCCCAGCAGUCUCUAAAGAGAAAGGCUCCUGACCCUAAAGACUCUCCCCCACCCUGCAAGAGAUCCCCCCAGGAGUAGCACUAGCAAGGCCAUUUUAAACCCUUAUUUAAGAAAAGAGAAAUAAAUUGUUGCUAUUUCCCUC